GGCCUAGUAGCAAGCCACGUCCAUUGGAGGGCAUGCACGCCAGUGACCAAGUCGGUGGAGCUGCCCACACAUCGAUCUCCCCAACCCAAAGUCCGCAAAUUCGAUCGGACUCCAUGCAGACGCCUCGGGCAGCUUCGUGCGAUUCAUCGCCCCAGCAGCGACCACAGGUGUAUGCGCCUAGUCGGAUGUCCAGCAUGGCUCCACUGCUUCCUCGCCGCUCACUCGGUCACGCUUCUUGCGCGUCUGCGCCCUCUUUGUCGACGACUGGACUUGCACAGGUUCUCGCCGAGCGUGGCCAGCCACAGUCACACUCGCAACCUAGUUCAGCCCACCCCGACUUCGACCCGAGGCAGUUCAGCGCUGGGAGCUUCCCGACUAGUAGCAUGUAUACUCAUGGGCUGUACAAUCAAUAUCCGUACGCCACCGCGAGGCAGCACAUAUACGAAGAGUCGCCGCCGGCAGUUGGCUACCCGGAUGCGUCGAUGGCACUGCCGCUCUCCGCACCGAGCUCCGGCUUCGGCACCUCCUCGGGUGAACUCCUGCCGCAAGCUUCCGGUCAAACUGAAAUGAGCGCGCUCUUCUAUACGGACGGGGCCUCUGGCCAUGCGACCAUGCAGGCUGUGGACAGCGUUGGGUAUAUGUCUCCCGUCGGCAGCAACCACUCUUCCCUGUCCAGUCCGAUGUCGGCUUCUCCGUCGAUGGCGCCGCCUCCGAGUGCUUAUCGAGACUACUCGUUCCAGCACGCAUAUGCGAGCAACCCGGACUAUGGCAUGCAGAAUUCCGCCCUGUUCGAGUCUGUGCCAACGUUCGAAACAAGUCCUACCACCUUCCAUUCCCAAAUGAACGGUGUGAUGCAUCCCAUGGACACGCACAGCAGCUAUGUUGCAGAUCAGCAGGCCGCUUUUGUCCAGCAGCAACGGCAGCUCCAGCUUCAACGGGCUCAAGGUAGGAACACGCAGAUGCAGAUGAGCCAUCCGCAAGCCAAUGGCCACUUCGAUGGGCACGCCAUGCCCGAUGGAUACUACGGUCCCUACGCUUAGGGAUAGCGUCUCUUCCUCGAGCAUUCCUCUGGGCACUGUGUCCCCUCAUCUCCACGACUUUCG